CGGAUGGUGUGCGAUGGUGGCGCCAUGUUGUGUCUGGAGUCGCUGAUGGCGCGGUGGCGCGAGCGCAGCUCCAGGGAGGGGGAGAGGCGCGCGCGCUCGCGCAGCCUCUGCUCCUCGGGGGCGGAUGGCAGCCUGCUGCAGCUACUGCAUAGGAGGGCCAGCAGCGCUAUAUCAUCGGCUAGCGAGCUCAUCUCAAGGCGAGGCGUAUUCUCCAGGAGGCAAUAUGGAUCUGUUGAACAACUGUCAGCGUCCGGCGACCCGGGUGCCUUGGAUGCGGUGGCGCGCCGCUAUCGCCUCGAAAAUGGCAACUCGCUGGGGGAAAAGGAUGAGUUAUUCGGACCGCCGAGCGCGCCUGUACUCGAAAAUCCAGAGUUUCAAACGCGAUGGUACUUCAAAUAUUUCCUCGGGAAAAUGCACCAGAACUACAUCGGGGUUGAUGGAUCUAGAGAGCCGUAUCUGCUAAGUGUGGUGCAAGAAGGUGGAGCGGGACUUUUACGAGCCAUCCUCUUCAAUAAAAUGGGUGCCCAUAAAAUAUAUUUACCACCAAGCGCUUGGAAUAGUGGAGGAGGGCAGGCCCCAACAAGACCAACGGUCAAGCAAAUUUUAGGACAAUUUCCAUCAAUGGAACGAGUUGAUAAGGUUCCAAGAGAGAUAACAUGUGCCGAAUUACAAAAAGAUGUGCUACUACUUGAAGAACAGGAAGGAUCUGUUAAUUUUAAAAUAGGAGUAAUGCUUAUGAAACCUGGCCAAAAGACUGACGACGAAAUGCUUUCCAACGAGAAAGGCGACGAGAAGUGGGAGAGAUUUAUUUCACUUUUGGGAGAUAAAAUUCGAUUACGAGGCUGGAACCGUUUUCGAGGGGGGCUAGACGUCAAAGGAGACAUGACUGGGAGCCAUUCUAUCUACACGAUGCACCAAGGCCACGAAAUUAUGUUUCAUGUCUCCACAAUGUUGCCGUUUUCCAAGGAUAAUAAACAACAGUUGGAGAGGAAACGGCACAUCGGCAACGACAUCGUCAACAUAGUGUUCACAGACGACUCUGUGCACAAUACCUUUAAUCCGCAGUGCGUCAAAAGCCAUUUCACACAUAUAUUCGCAGUCGUUUCAGAAGUGGAGGAAGGAUACAAACUUAGCGUAUACAGUGACGAUACAGUGCCACCAUUUGGUCCUUCAUUACCUUGUCCACCAAUAUUCAACGACCCACAAUUAUUUAGAGAGUUUCUUUUGGUAAAAUUGAUGAACGGAGAGAAAGCGGCCUUCCAAACGCCUACAUUUGCAUUGAAACGACAACGAACCUUGGACACGCUGAUAAGGGACAUCUACGCGGAACACUGCUCGGACCAUAAGCCCAUGCUAUCACGGCGAGCCCUCUCAGACGUAUGGUCGGGCGGCGCAGGCGCUGGUGGAGCCGGCGCUGCGCGGACAGAACAUUUCUUGCACGUGGGGCAGGCGCUGAAACUUGAUGCUGUCCUGCGAGGCGAUGCUCCCACUAGUCUUGUUUCAUCAGGAUGCGGCGGUUCCCGACGAGCCCCUUGGGAAGGUAAAGUGUGGCGCGCUGCACCACUGCCAGCCACUCCAGUGUGUGCGGAACAACUCGCUGAGGGACGCCUUUUGUUAUCUACCACGUCUAAUACAUACAUUUUAGAAGAGAGCGGAACCACUCGUGUAGUGUUAAGAUGGGAAGGCUGUGUCCGCGCAGCUCGGGUGAGUGAGCGAGCUGGUCUGUUCCGUGUUGGUGCGCGAGUGGUGGCUGGUGGAGGGUCAACGACAGGGGGCGCUGGUGGCGCGGGGCUGUACGCGCUUCCUGUACAGGAAUUAUGCGCAGGCGCCUGGGCCAUGCGCCCGCUUCAGGAUUGCAAACACGCUCGGCUUCCAAGGACUAAGACUGCUCAUUAUUUUGAUCUUCUAGAAACUGGCGAAGGAGGCAAAACAACCUUAGCGGUAGCGAUCGGUAGAAGGGUAAUGCUUAUGAUUGAAGAAUCAAAGACUGACAACGAGAUGGGUUUUGAAUAUACACAUAUCAAAGAUAUCCAACUAAGCGAAUCCCCCAUACUGAUCAAGCUUAUGGAUGGAGAAGUAGGAAUUAUGGUAGUUGGAUACAAACAUCAUUGGGAAGUUUUAGAAUCUGGGACAGGCCAGGCUGUAAAACGGGCAGAAAACUCUGAAGAUAGUGGACCUCGUCGUGGUACUCUCGUCAAUGCUUUACGUAUAGGUGACGAGAGGGACGGACAAAUUGUUUUAUGUUAUAAUCAUACGUGCCAUUUUGAAAGACUAACAAGUAAAGGACUGGAAAGUGAUACUGAAUACGAUUUUCAUUGGACAACUGUGCCUGCAGCAGUAGUAUGCGCUUUCCCCUAUAUUAUGGCAUUUGCCGAAGAUUUAUUAGAGAUACGACUAGUUGCUAAUGGAUCCUUAGUACACGCAGCCUGCAUACCUGGACUGAAAUUGCUAUGCGGGCGAAGAUUUCAGGAUAUAUUCUAUGUGGCAUGCGCACCGGAAUACGUGCCUUUAAGUCGCGAGAUAGACCCUUGUCUCAGCUUACACGACGAGCUAGUCAGACAGAUGAGCAAACAAUGUGGACCUUAUUCUCUUGAUGAAGAUGACAAUCACGACAGGGGAGACCCUUACAGCAUGAACCGUACUACUACCGCCGCUUCAGAGAAUAACUCAGCGUCUAGCAGAAGCAGUUCUAUUUCAUCAGAACAGGAGAACAUAAGACCACCGCUAACACGAAUGGCCCCGAUCUCCCCACCAACUUCACCCCAAGUGCUCCCAGAAAACAGCGGAAGAUGUGUGAGGAUCUACAAGAUCCCACAGAGUAACCUGAGCGCGGGAGCAUACCAAAGACAGUCCGUAUCCGCCGACCAAGUGGUCACUUCCUAUUUUUCUGACAGGCCAAAUAGCAUACGGCAGAGGCUAGCAGAACUGAGACUAGACAGUAAAUCAAGAGGCGGAGGUGACGACGAAACUUUAUAAGUGAUAUGUAGACAACCACUAACUUCGUAGCUUGUUAUCGAAUACGGAACCAGGUGCACAAUUUUAAUGAGUAGCUAGAUAUACAACUGUAGGUACCUAUAGGUAUUGAGUGUUGGAAGUUGGGGACACACGACAAAACUUUCAAAUCGCACAGAACGUUCUAGAUAACUUAGUUCAAGCGUGUGUCGUGUUACACGAACAUUUAAUGUCUAGAUUAAAAUUUAAUCUCAAAUGAAGAUUAUUUUAAUUCAAGUAGAUAUGUUACAAGUAGAAAUAGUACGAGUAGAUACUUUUGAAUGCAAAGAUGUGAUAUAAUAAAUAUGGGUGAUGCGUAGUGAACAGAAAUAAUAUGUCGUAGUGCAUAAUGAACAAAUAAAUUAUGAAGCUAUUUUACAUUGACAAAUAUUCUACCAUUGUUGCAAAAUUUGAGAUUUAUAAAAAAGAGGAAAUAUAUAACAAUAGAUGUAUUUAUCAUUCCCACUACUGAAAUAGGAACUUUAAGAAUAAUUUAAAUGUCUAUAUAUACCUUAAUUGCUCUGCACAAAAUAUAUGCUCAAUAUAAGGAACAUACUGUAAAAACAAAAUUAUAUUUAAACUAACAGUUACGAUUUAGUCGUUCAAUGUUAAAGUAAUUUAUUGGAUAAGGAAUUUUAUGAAUUAGCAACAUUUUUACAAAAAUAUACAAUGUACAGUGUAACUACUGAAUGAAUUCAAAUAAAAUUAAUAGUAAUAAAUAAUUUAAAUGAAUCUCAUAUUUAAUGUAAUAUUCUAGUCACUUGACUUCAACAUGUAAGACAAAAAAGUGAUGUAAAAUAGUUCUCUUUAGGAUUAAACGUAUUAUGAUGAAAAUAAAUAUUAUCUUUCGAAAGUCUGUUUGACACCAGAAAAGAAGUGCCAUCCAACUAUUUGGUUAUCUUUCUAGACUUAAUAGUAUAAAAAUCUGUAAUAUUUUGCGAUGCAAGAGAAUUGAAAUCUUAUUUAAGUGUUAAUACAAAUUAUCUUCAAUGUACAUAGAGGUUUAAUAGUAGUGUAACAUUACAGAUGUAUUCAUUAAAGAUACAUAUUUACUUGUAUUACAGAAGCUCUAGUAGUGUAUUGAAUGUUUCAAUGUCGUGCGAAAAUGUAUAAUACUAACCAAAGAAAAGAACCAAACUGAUAGGGAUAAGAUUAAAUCAUAAGGAUUAUGAACGCUGGCAAACUUCGAGAUUUAAAAUUGUGUACUGUACAUUAUGUAGUCAUAAAGUUUUGUCCAUUUGAAAAUGAAAUUUGUGUAACUGAUGUCUAUUAGAAGUUAAGCUUUUCGAUAGUGUAGUACUAAUCUAUUUAGACCCUUCUUUAGUUUCUUUACUAAAAUAUAAAUGUUAAAAGUACGUGUCCCAAUAUGUAUGUUGAAACAUUAGUGUAAAUAACUUAUCACAUAAGAUUGUACGGUUUUAUAAUAUUUCUUGGUUUAUAAAUAACUACGAUGUGUAUUGCUCCUAUAUUAUAUAGGAAAGUUUCCAAACAUAAUAAUAUUUAUUAUAGAAAGUGACAUUAUAUGUUAAGCAGAAUUGGUAUAUAAUAUAAAUAUUUUUAUUACCAUUUCCAAACUUACGGAGUACAAUUUUUUGUCUGUGAGAGAUAUUCGAAAUACCUCGGAAAGAAGAAAUAUAUAAUGAUGUUAUAGUAGUUCACGGAGUUUAUUGAAAAAUCUAUAUUUUACAUAAAAGAGCGUUUGAAAUCCGCAUGCAUAUUAAUGACAAUGUCAUUUUUGAUGCAUUUAGUUAUAAAAUGUAUGCGUAUAAUAUGUAUGUAUACCUAUGUUUGAAUGCACAUAAUUCUAGUCUCAGUAUUAGUGUGAAAAUGUGUUUUUACUAAUAUGCAUGCGGCAUAAUUAUCCUAAAUCAUGUUUCAACAAAAUGUGAUAAUUGGAUUAAAAAAAUAAUAGCACAUUAUAUGAAAUAAAAAUUUAUUGUUUAUAUCAUACAUAUAUGUAGACAAAUUAAUGUAUAUUACUAAUAAUACUUCAUAAUAAACCCGAGAUACUGAACAAAUAUAAGUGUAAUGUAAUAAACAAAAGGUUCCAGUAACAAAUAUACCUACUUAUAUAAUGUAGGGUUUUACUCUGUUAUUUUCUCUGAGGUUUAAAUAAAUGUCUGUUCAGAACAUGGCGUCUAUUAUUUUCUUGUCAAACAC